AUGGCUAACGAAAAUAAUGCACAAGCUCAACAAUAUCAGAAAUAUGAUCUUCUUAAGAUUUACACUUAUGUCAUUAUUGGAAUAAGUGCGUUGACAAUCAUCAUUCAAAUUUUCGCUGCUUUUACUCUUUAUCCGAAUGUGGAGACUUCAGAAGACAAGCUUAUUGUUGACAAUCUCAAUUGUAAGAUUCCCUUCACCGCAACAACUGCGAUAAAACAUCUCAAAAUCAAGCGAACAAAGCUUCCCCCUUGCAAACUUUUGGAUUUUUUAACAAUAAUUGAGUCAACUGAUAGACCAGAAGACAUACCUGUGGUUAAAUACAAAAAAAAACUCUUAGGUCGUUACAAUGUAACUGACAUUAAUAACGUUGUUUGUUGUUAUCAUAUUAUAAAAAGAGUAAGAAACAGCGAUUCUAACAUCACCAUUUCAAAAGAAUGCAUCGAAUUUAAUGAGGAACGAACUCCACUAAGCCAUGACAUUAAACAUAUUUAUGUAAAAUGUAAAUCACCCAAGGAUGGCAUUUUUUAUGAAAACGUCCAAGCAAUUAUUUCGUCGAAUUUAAAAAUCAUUAAUAGACAGCGUCGAUCUGGAAUUAGAAAGAAAAAUCCUUACAGCGUUCUGAUGUUAGGUAUCGACGGAAUGUCAAGAAUGAAUUUUCAACGUGGAAGUCCGAAAUGUUUUAGUUAUAUGAAUGGUUCUGACUAUUGGUUUGAUUUGAAAGGAUAUACUCCAAUUGGAACCAGUUCGUUUCCGAACCUUUUUGCAAUCUUAACAGGUCAGUCACCUUCUGAAGCUCAAGAAAAUUGUGAUCCUACGACUAAAUCCUUUCUCGAUGGUUGUCCAUUUAUCUGGAAGAAUUAUCAGAGCUUUGGAUAUGUCACAGCUUACGGUGAAGAUCAAUGUGAUCGAAAUACCUUUAAUAAAAAUCACAAAGGAUUCAAUCAGCAACCAACUGAUCAUUAUUUGAGACCUUACGUCUUGACUGCUCAAAAUUAUAUGAAGUUCCAUAACAAAAAUGAUUUGACAUAUUGUCUCGCAAAUUCUCUUUACAUUGAUCAUAUCUUUGUGUAUGCACAAAAAGUUUUCCAAAUUUAUGUACAUGAACCGUAUUUUGGUGUGUUCUAUGUUAAUUCUUUAGUAGAUAAACAUCUCAGUUCAUCACCUUGGUUGGAUGCGAGAAUUGCAAAUUCCUUUCUUAACAAAUUGGAGAACGACGAAUUUUCAAAAAAUUUAAUUGUGAUUUAUUUUGGAGAUGUUGGGGCAAGAUUUGAACAGAACAUGGGUGGUUUUUAUGAAGAACGUUCGCCUCUACUUAGCAUUCGAUUACCUAAAAAAUUCCAAAGAGAUUACCCUGAUAUCGUCGAAAGUUUAAAGAUAAAUUCUAAUCGGUUAACAACACCUUACGAUCUUCACGUCACCCUCAAACAUAUUCUUAAUCUCUCUGCUGAUGAAAAAGUACCUGAAAAGGCAAUUGGAUGUCGCUCAUGCCAAUCUUUAUUCGAAGAAGUUUCUCCUGGAAGAAGUUGUCGAGAUGUUAACAUUCCAGAUCAUUUAUGUCCAUGUUCCUUGGUCGAGAUUGACCCUUCAAAAAAAGUUUUAAAACAUGUUGUACGCUUUGCCAUUAAAAACUUGAAUUAUGAACUCUCAAAAAUGAAGACAACAAGUGGAAAGAAUUGUACGAAGUUGAAAGUUGACAGAAUUACUCUUGCAUAUCAACAGUUGAUAUCAUCCUGGACCAUGAAUUACAUCAUUCGUUUCACUGUUUUGCCAUCUAAUGAUGAAUUCGAAGCAAUAAUGAGAAAGAAAUUUAUUUCAAUCAUAAAAGCUGAGCCUCAAUUCGAACUUAUUAAAGAAAUCAUUCGUAUAAACAAUGACACUCGACCAAAUAUUUGCGUCGAUCCGGAUGCAACAUCGAAUCGAAGAAUAAACGAAGAAUAUGAAGAUGACUACGAAAUACCGACAAUGAUCUGA